AUGUUUCGCGCUACGGAAAUCGGCAGUGAAGAAAAUACAGCCCUGCCUGCUCUGGCGGAGCUCAGACAGGUGGGCUACGAGCCGGAGGGACGGGAUGUGGAGUGGGGCGGCUGGAGAGCAGAACGGGCCCAGUUGAAGCGGGCGCAUCGCAGUUCCCUGCCCAACUAUGGCUUUGCUCCGCCGCCCAUUCGCAUGGAGUACAGGUAUCCACGGGCCGUCUUCUUCGUCUUGGCCACCAAGUUCUUUGAGGCCUUUGCAGCUAAUGGAAUACGCACCGUUCUCGCCCUCUAUCUUCGCGACGAUCUCAACUUCACCGAAAGCUUCUCCACGGUGGUGCUGCACAUCUUUAACUUCUUCGGCCAGUUCUGCCCGAUCAUUGGAGCCAUCCUGGCGGACAGCUAUAUGGGAAAUGUGCGCACGAUAUCGGGCUUCAGUAUCAUUUACGCCUUCGGAUGGUUACUGCUCGUACUGUCAGCCCUGCCCGCCAUGGGUCUUCCAAUGGUUCUGCUGGUUUCCAUCGCCCUCUUAUUUAUUGCUGUGGGUAAUGGAUCUAUAAGGGCCUGCAUCACUUCGCUAGGAGCUCUGCAGUUCAAGCUGCCGGAGCAGAGCGUCCACCUGGCCGAGUACUUCUCCUUCUACUAUUUCGUCUAUUACUCUGGCAUCUUCCUGAGCAAAAUCCUUCCUCCGCUGGUGAGGGCCAACACGCAGUGCUUCGACAAGGCGGAAUGCUAUCCUGCAGUAUUCGGAACACUGGGCAGUGCCUUCAUGAUGGCCUGGAUUAUCUUUCUGGUUGGGAAGUGCUUCUACAAGUCCGAGAAGCUUUCCGACGACAAUAUUCUCUUCAAGUUCUGCGGCUGCAUUAAAACCGCUCUGGUGGAGAAGUGGCGACGUCGCAAGUCCCCGAAGCGCUCCAGCUACUGGCUACACAAUGCAGUUGGUGCCUACGACGAGGAAUUCGUAAGCGAUGUCUCCAGGGUUUUAAGGAUAUCCAAGCUUUUCAUACCGCUGCCCUUCUACUUUGCCCUGCUGGCGCAACAGGACUCCAGCUGGACCUUCCAGGCCACCCAGAUGAAUACAACAGUAUUGGGCGUGACCAUCCAGCCGGAUCAGGCCAAAGCCGUGGGCCCCAUCUUCCUGUUCAUGCUGAUUCCUUUGUGGCAGUAUUUAACCGUGCCUCUCCUGCGUCGCUACUUCAACUGGGAGCUGCAGCCGCUCCAUAGUGUGACUGUGGGUGGUAUAUUCUCUGCAGGCGCCUUCUUCUCUGCGGGAGCUGUGCAGGAUCGCAUAAAUAAUUCCCCGCUCCAAACAGUGAAUAUUGCCUGGCAGAUGCCGCAGUUCCUUCUACUCAUGAUGGGUGAACUGCUGCUCUCCAUUCCGGGUCUCCAGUUCGCAUUCACCCAAGCGCCGACCUCCAUGAAGUCGGUGGUCACGGCUUCCUGGUUCCUCAACAAUGCCUUCGGAAAUCUCAUCGUGGUUGUGGUCACCGAACUGGGUUUGCUGAGCUCCCAGAUGGCCGAAUACUUCUUCUACGCGGUGGUCAUGCUGGUCUGCAUUAUCCUCUACGCCCUGCUGGCCUUCGAUUACACGCUGCAGGAACGCAAAGGUGGGCUGUAUGUGAGGGGAAUGGACAGCGAUCCCGAGGAGCGGGAUGUGCCGAGCACUAGCCGCAGCGGCAGCAUCUAG